AUGGCGAAGCUGCGGAGUGCCAGGAAGAAGCCGACUCGAGUCGUAUUGUCGGACGACGACAACAAUAGUGACGAUUAUGUUGAAACACCAGCACCGAAAAAGAAGGCAACUUCUAGAAAGCCCCCGCCGAAACCCUCGAGUUCGAUCCUCUCGCAGCUAAAGGACGCUCCCAACAAACACAAUGGAUUGUCUUCGUCACAGCAACUUCCAUCUCGAAGUCGCAAUGGUACCACCUCGAUCUCGCCUCGAAAGAGGAAGACAACCGCUGCAUCCACCGAGUCCCCGAGUAAGAACCAGAAGAUCUCGUCGUUCUUCACCGCCGCACCUUCCACCCAAUCCACGCGAACCUUACAAACAAACGGAGACCACCGUUCCCUACCAUCCAACAUAUCAGCAAAGGAAGACGAAAUCGAAGACAUCGAGGAUGAUUCGCCAACAGAAGACUCACAAUCGCGGAAGCAAUCCUCAUUUUCGUCCACACAGUCCGGGGCGAAGAGGAAAAGAGAUUCUGUGGAUGCUAUUCCUGGGGAGGGUUUGCGGAGGGCUAGCCACAAGUUCCUCAAGACAAACCCCAUCCCACCACAGAAUCCCAGCCGAAUUGAAGACGGUAGGCCAUGGACAGAGCGAUUUGGGCCUAUAUCCAUCGAUGAACUUGCAGUUCAUGUGAAGAAAGUCAAGGAUAUCCGGUCAUGGCUCGAGAAUGUUUACACCGGGCGGGAGAGGCGGCGCUUCCUGGUGCUUAAAGGGCCCGCCGGGGCAGGGAAGACUACGACGAUAAGCCUACUGGCGAAGGAGCUUGGGAUAGAAAUAACAGAGUGGAGAAACCAGGAGGCCAUGGAAACCUCCGAAGGAUUCGUGUCGAUGGGCGCAAAAUUUGACGAGUUCCUAAGGAUGGCGGGCAAGUUUGGCAGCCUUGCUCUAUCAGACGGGUCAGGAACGGUCGUAUCGCAAUCAAAUCCGAAGAAUGAAUCCACGAGGAAGGCAAUUCUGCUGGAAGAGUUCCCAACUAUCACCUCCCGAUCGUCGACAUCACAAGGGUUUCGCAAUGUCGUCCUCCAAUUCCUCGCACAGAACACUCCAUCAAUGGGCGAGUUAUUCUCGAACACUGCCUCUCUCCCACCACCAAUUCCCGUAAUCCUGAUCAUCACCGAAAGCCUCCUCGCUAGCGCAUCAUCUUCAGCUGACAACUUCACGGCUCACCGACUGCUUGGGCAAGAGAUCCUUUCUCAUCCAGGGGUUACCGUCAUAGAGUUCAACCCCAUAGCACCGACAUACAUGUCCAAGGCACUGGAACUGAUCAUCCGAAAGGAAGCGCGAAAGUCCGGACGGCGGCGGGCCCCUGGGGUAGCAGUGCUGAAGCAUCUAUCCACCAUUGGCGAUAUCCGGAGCGCCGUGUCAUCGUUGCAUUUCCUCGCCUUGCGUCCCGAUGAUGAAAAGAAUUGGAGUGGAAGGGUCACCUUCACGACGAAGAAACGUGGUGCGGUUGCCCCGGAGAUCACGGCAAUGGAAAGGGAAUCGCUCGAAUUAAUCACGCAACGUGAGAAUACACUAAACAUCUUCCACGCAGUCGGAAAAGUCGUCCAUAACAAACGCGAUGACCCGCCACCUGGCACCAUCAUCCCCCAACCGCCAAACUGGUUCUCCCAGCACUGGCGCUACAAAACCCCCCAAAACAACGUCGAUGACAUCCUCAACGAACUGGGAACCGACAUCUCAACCUUUAUUGCCGCUCUCCAUGAAAACUACGUUCUCUCCUGCAGCGACACCGACACCGAAGCCACCCUGGACUCCGUAUGCGGCUGCCUCGACGCCCUUUCCGAUGCCGAUUCAAUCUCACCCGAAGGGUUCGGCGUCCGUCGUCGGCGAUUCCAGGGCGGAUCGGUCGAUGAGCUACGGCAGGAUGAGAUGUCCUUCCACCUUGCAGUGAGGGGAUUGUUGUUUAACUUACCGAACCCAGUGAAGCGGCUUCCGCCUCCGAAUGCGUCUAUAGCGACCGGGACAGGGUCGCGGACGGACGCAUUUAAGAUGUUUUACCCCGCAAGUGCGAGGGUGUGGAGAAAACAGGAGGAGAUUGGUGCGGUGCUGGAUUUGGUGGCGACGGAGGCGAUGAAAGGGCGACUUGCCGCCGACUCCGGGGCGAUGGCUUCACGGCCGAAGUUCAAAGAGACGGGAGUCGCAGCGUGGAAUCGUGCGGCGACAUCUCGACGGCCUCCGAUCCAAGCAGAGCACUCAGAUGGAACGCAGAGUGACCGGACAGAGGACGCCGCCGUUCUGAAGAGUGUCUCAAAAGGAGAGCUCUUACUUGAGAUCUUGCCCUACCUCGCCGCAAUCCGUGGCAAAACGCGUGGUGCUUUCCACGACAGCAUAUGGAAACAUGUUGAAAAUUUGACGAAGAUCCGGCAUGAGGAAGUACAGGUGGACGAAGAGACUGACGACGAGGAUAUUGGCGAGGGCCCAGGAAACGCCGUCGGGACGAAGCUCAAACGGAGCAAGGAGCCGGUCGAGGAGAUGGCUGAGGAGAAAUUGUUCCUCAGCGAUGAUGACAUCGAGGAUUGA